AUGUUAAGCUUUUGUAUAAAAUGCUGGGCUGCUACUAAUUCAAUGGCACACCUUUGUAGAGUCGUAAACUUGGUUGAGUAUUUGUAAAGAUGCUCGUGUUAUAUCUUACCGUCGCUUUCAUCGGAAGUCUAAGCUUUGCUCAUCCAGUAAAACAAGAUGAUUAUUAUCCAGUAAAAGAAAACUCCGUAACUGGAUCAAUUACAACAAAGGCUGCCACUGAAGGAAAGAAAACAUCUCAACCCACUACACAUUCACUUGUGGUAACAGAAAAAAAGAAAACUGCCCAGCCUUAUUCACCAGGAAAUAAAAAUGCAGAACAUCAUGUUCCUUCUCAUUUAACAGUUACUAAAAAGAAAAAGAUCCAACAUCAUUCAAAUCCCUAUUCACUAGGACAUAAGAAUGCAGGACAUGUUCCUUCUCAUUCACCAGUUACUGGAAAAAAAAACACAUCACAAACUCAUUCAACUGCUCAUUUAGUAGUUACUAAACAAAAGAAAAAGCUUCAGACUUUAUCCACUAAAUCUGCACCAGUAGUUACUGAAAAAAAGGAAAAACUUCAAUCUUUGUCCACUAAUUCUGCACCAGUAGUUACUGAAAAAAAGGAAGCAGGCCAGUCUCAAUCCACUACUCAUUUGCCAGCUACUAAAGAAAUCAAGCCAGAAUCUCCAAAAGCUCCAAUUGUUGCAUACAACUAGAACAUAUGAUAUAUAUUGUAUCGAUCUUUUUUUUCUUAUGAUAUUACACGGAUUAUAUAUAUAUAUAACUAAUACUUUAUAUAUAGUUAUAAUAUUAUUGUUGGUGGGAAUUUGUAAAAUUUUUUUACAUAGAUAUAAAAGUUUAUAUUGGAAUUUGCGUGUGUAUUUUUGAUUUAUGUGUAUUUAUACUUGCUGUAAAAUUUAUGACAUGAUGAUUAAAUUCGAAAAGUA